AUGGCGACUGCAGGCACCGGCGACGCACGGCUGCCUUCGUCUCUCGAGGCAGCUAAAAUCACGUCGCUGCCGCCAACGUCCUACUAUGUGCCCAACUUCAUCAGCGAGGAAGAGGAGCGCAUGAUCCUCGAUAAAAUUGCUGCGGCUCCUCGGCCACGAUGGAAGCAGCUCACACAUCGACGCCUACAGACUUGGCCAUCGGAUCUCGUUCAAGACAGGCUGCUGGACGCACCACUGCCUCCCUGGCUCGAAACGCCCGUGGUGUCGCGGCUGUUAUCCCUCCCGCUCUCCGAUGACGACGACGGCAAUGCUGUGAGACACAUAUUCGCCGAUAGCCCCCAUCAGCGCCCGAACCAUGUCCUCAUCAACGAAUAUCCUCCCGGCAUUGGCAUCAUGCCGCAUAAGGAUGGCGCUGCGUAUUGGCCCGUUGUGUGCACCGUCAGCCUGGGCGCCAGCAUCUGUCUGAACCUGUACCGCAGCAAAGAGGACGGCGCCCUUGAUCCCGAACCUGCUUGGCGAAUUAUCCAAGAACCUCGUAGUCUUCUUAUCACUACAGCGACUCUAUAUACAGACUAUCUGCAUGGAAUAUCCGGUAUUAAGGAAGACCUAGACCUAUCCGCCGAUACGAUUGUAAAUUGGCCGUUGCUUCGAGAACCCGAGGCGUUUGCCAGCGGCCAAAGCGUGAGACAAACCCGCACUAGUCUCACAUACCGAGAUGUCCUCAAAGUUUCCAAGGUUGGAAACAGAUUGGGUCUGUUCAACAAGCGAUGA